UAUUGCAUCACAGGGAAUCUCUGCAACUGAUACUAUGUAAACCCAAAUUAAUGCCGUUGAAAUCCAUGACAUUGGAAAAAUUACAAAAGAUGCAAUCCGAAGCAGAAAAUAAGUUGUCAAAUAGAUGAUUAAAUAAGUUUCAAUAUGACCGUGGGAAUAUUUAGCGCUGAAGUUAUAUUUGCUUUUAUUUUAACUACGGUGCUACUUAACCGUUAUGGCAAUUGGAAAACUCAAAAUAUUGUUGUUACAACAGCCGUGCUCAUUGCUUGGUAUUUUUCUCUUUUAAUCAUCUUUGUUCUUCCCAUUGAUAUAUCUUUGGCAGCUUAUCGUAAAUGUGUUCAAGAUGGGCAUAACCAUAACGAUAAUACUACAAAUUCUAGUCAUGAAUUAUCAGCCUGUAAUAAACCCUGGAGUUAUGUGCCAGAAUCUACUCUACCAAAAAUGUGGAGAGUUGUUUAUUGGACUUCCCAAUUUCUAACAUGGUUUAUUAUGCCAGUUAUGCAAUACUAUGUGAAGUCUGGGGAAUUUACAUUGAAGGACAAAUUAAAAAAUGCUGUUAAAAGCAAUACACUCUAUUAUAGUACAUUAUUAUUAAUUGUUACAAUACUUAUAGUUUACAUAGCUCUUAAGCCAGGAGUGCAUUUAGAUUGGCAAAAAUUAAAAGCUAUCGCAUCAUCUGCUAGCAAUACAUGGGGAUUGUUUCUAUUAAUAUUAUUGUUAGGUAUUGCAUUAGUGGACAUUCCAAGAGAAUUAUGGCGGUCUAGUCAAAUUGAUUAUACAUUGAGAAAAGUAUACUUCAAACUGUCAAAACUCAAUACAGAAAAGUUAGAAUCCGAAGGAGCUUUAGAAGAUGUUCUUGAAUCAAUUAAAAGUGUUAGUAUCAGUAUGAGUCCAAAUGAUCCGUUGUAUGAUUGUUUUCAAAUAAUUUUGAAAAAAGUUCCCGAGGAUCAACGAGAUUUUUUGAAAAAUGUGCGGUCUAAUUCAAGGAAUCAUACAACACCUUCAAUUGGCAUGCUAACUCGACUUCAUAAACAAUUGAUUGUUGCUGUGCAUAUGUAUCAUCGUACUGAGACACAGGGCAGCUUAAUGCUCGAAAAAGCUAUUUUCUUAGAAGACAUUAAUUCAAACAUGACAUCUAGAGAACGAAAGUUUAAAAAAAUGUUCAAUAAACCUUCAAAAUUGAAUAGUUAUGCAGAUACGUCAACGAUUGAGUGGUAUUGGUGGUGUCGUUUACACCCUAUGAUGCUUCAAGUUUUAUCGGUGAUUACUGGCAUGCUAUCAGUUGUUAUUGUGUGGUCUGAAAUGACAUUUUUCAAAAAACAACCAGUGCUCUCUAUUUUUGCUCUCAUGGUCAAUAUGGCAAAACAAAACAAUGAUUAUGUUAUGAUACAGGUGUUAUCUACAUUGUCCAUUGCUUAUUUGGCAUAUUGUACAUAUUCAACAAUAUUUAAGAUAAAAUUGCUUAACAUAUACUACCUAGCACCUAACCAUCAAACCACUGAAAGCAGCUUAAUUUUUUUUGGAUUGUUAUUGAGUCGUCUAACAUCACCAAUGUGUUUAAAUUUCCUUGGACUUAUUCACAUGGAUAGUCAUGUGAUAAAGAGUCGUAUUCUUGAAACUGAUUAUACUCAGAUAAUGGGACAUAUGGAUGUUAUUACAAUUAUCAGUGAUGGUUUCAAUGUAUACUUUCCAACCCUUAUACUUGCUGUAUGUUUAGCAACUUAUUUUAAUGUUGGAACAAGAAUAUUGUCCAUAUUAGGAUUUCCUCAGUUUUUAGAAGAUGAUGAUUUGGUUACCGAUUACAUUCAAGAAGGGCGUUUGUUAGUGGUUCGAGAAAAAGAAAGGCGUGAGCGUAAAAUACGAGGUAACGAAAUGCGUCGUAAAUAUAGAGAAAGGUCUCUACCAAAUGCAAAUGAGGAGGUCGAAGAAAGAGUUCCACCAUCUCGGAAAGACAACAUGAAAUCAUACUUGUUGGAUAAUGCUGAUCCCAUUGAUCGAUCCUAUCACAGCUACAGUACGAAUGAUACUCAUGAAGUAGAAAGACAGUUGCCCAAUGUGAGUACAAGACCUAACAGUACGUGGGAGCCUCCAAGGAAUAUAUUUAGUGAUUUAUAAUUUUACGUGUAAAAAAUUAUUAUAACCAUAUGUUUGUAUGAAAUGCAUUGCCAUAAAUAUUUUCUGUAUGUUGAAUUCUCUGUACUGUAAAUAUGGAACGCAAUAAGGUCUAUGAACCUAUAAACUCGUCCUACUAUUGAUUUUGUUUUCAUUAUUCUGUAUUAUAAAAAUAAUACAUAGAUUCAUUCUUACUAAGAAUUUUAUUUUUGUUAAUAUGAUUUCAAUGAAAAUGUAUCUAAUAAUGGAAUUAAAAUAACAGGGGACGGCCUCCAAAAAGGCUACAUUUUUCAAUGCAUAAAUUAUAUACAAUGCGUGUUCCAUAUUUUACAGUUCAGUGGUUGGAUUUGAAUCUGUUAAGAUUCAAGUAAUUUCUAUUUUAAAUGUAUUAUUAUUUUUCUUCUGAUUACAAUUUGUAAACAAUUUUAAUACUUACCACAUAUAUUAUACUAUUAUAUGAAAAUAUCUGUUUUUAAUAAAAUAUAUUAGAUUAAAAAGAA